CCCUAGAAUUCCUUAUCCGCACUUGGAAGUGUUGACCCCUUUAAGAGUUGAGACUGGGACUGGGCCCUAACCCUAAUCUAGGUCUUCAUGACGACAUGCCUGGGGAAGGACGUGCCAGGUACGAUGUCCAGGAACGACGUCUUGACCUGCUUCGACCCUCGACCGCCUCUCUUCCUCUCCCACUCCCCUCGUCCUCGACCCACCCCGACCCAGAAAUAUGUCUUCUGACCUAACUUCUGCCGUUACAAUUCCCAACACCAUCGUCAAGCAUGUCCUCGGAGACUCUGACAUCCUGCUCGCCGAAGCAGAUCUCAACCUUUUUGUUCUCCCAACUCCCAGUGAACCGUCUAGUCACGCUCAGGCAGAGGCAAAGGACGAAGAGCCAAUCAUGACUUUGACCGUCGGAAAAGCUGCAUUUCCCCUGUUCAGGACGACGCUGUUUGGAACAUUAGCGGAUGACGAAACUGCUUAUAUCUUUUCCCCGCCGAUAACGGAGGCAGAGGGAUACGUGAAGAUUGUAUUGCCGCAGGGAGUCAAGGAGCCGGGCUCCGGCCUUUCGAAGUUACGAGACGCGUUCGAGGGAAUUCUUAUCCAGUAUGGGCUGUUAAAGGAGGGUAUUGAAGCCGUAGGAGAUGAAGUGGGCAGGAGUUUUAGGGAACAUACCCAAACGAUUACGCAGCGGAUUCAGGAGGCUACCACAGGAUACCUUCGAGAGAAUCCACCUACGAACGCACCUGCGGAAGUUUCUCAUACUGCCCAGACGGUUGCUGCGACGAGUGCUUCGGCUACCGACUCUCUCUUCCAUGCGGCCAGUCUUGUAACUUCGAUGGUUGGCUCUGCGGCGUCAUCGACAGGUUCUUGGGUCACCGCUCAUGUUGUGCCCACAUCCGAAGAGAAUACCGGGAGACUCAACUCACUUUCUAAUGCGUAUGACUCUGUAGCGGACGGCGUCACCAACGGGACAGCUGAGGUCAAGAAUGCUACAACGGAUGGGGCAGGCUCAGUAUUGGAGAAUGAUUUAGGUCCGGAUGCACGAUCUGUUAUUGGAAAUGCAGCGCAAAGCGUCGGGAAUGUCGUCGGUGCGGUUGGGCAAACGUCCCAAGUGACGACUGCUAUUGCUGUUGGUGGAUUGAAAGGUGCCGCUGUGACAGAGAACCAGCAACAGGCUGAGAAGGAUCGUAAGGAGCAGACGGAAGCCUUGGUCCAGUGGGAGGAAGUGGUGAUUUAGAAAAGACCUCGUACGUAUAUCAUGCAUUAGACGCAUAUAGUGCUAUAUAGUACCAUUCUAUACAUCUAUGCCAUCAAGUGAAGGGCAAGUACUCUUGGCACUAAUCUUUGUGCAUCUGUUUCUCAGGUCUAAUCUGGUCGAACGCCAUCACAAACCCUAGAUCUAUGUCAUAGGUGUAUAUUGCCCACUGUCAGCUGCCUGUCCUGCGGAAGAUCUAAUUUGAUUUCCA